CUCGGUCGGUCCCAAGCAUGCUUCAUUCAGCACCAGACAACAGUCGCCCCACUACUCCCCUCCCCCCUCACACCACACGAGCACCACUUUUCUUGUUGUGAAUUCUCGGCAGCUCAUUCCCGCCCUCCGUACCUUCCUUCCCAGGUGGAAUAAUGCCCUUCCUCAUGCAAGCAUUCACCAAGUGCUGCUGUGCCGUCCCGGGCCUCGUCCUUCCAGGCACGCUGGUCCUGUUUGGCCUGGCCUGCCUGGCCGGCAGCCGAUGACACGAUGCAUACCUUGAUGAAGCUGUGCGUGGGGGUGUGGGCAGCCAGUGGAUGUGUGACGCCCCAGUAGAGGGCCGGGAGGGGGGAGGGCCGACGGCUGCGUGGGGCAGCAUCUCGAAGGGGACUGGCUGGAUGUCACCUGACCGGAUGAGGUCCUUGUAGUCUGCCAGCGGGACACAGCACAGCCGCCCGUUGCAUAGUGCGAUGGCGAAGGGGUUGGAAGGUCCCGCCUCGGCCUCCUCUCCCGCCGUAUCAGGGGAUGCCUCCUUCUUCUCCUCGCCAGCGGCUGGUUCCUCCGUUGCCUGCUCCUUCUCCGGCUGUGUCUCGUCGGCUGUCUUGGGGGCUUCAGCGGGGGCCGCCUGGCUCCUCUUGUCUUCAGCAGCCUCGCAUUCGGUCUUGGUGGCUCCUGUGGCCGUGUCGAUCCUGCCACUUUUCCACGCCUCCUCGAAAGACUCAUCCAGAGGGUCGACGUCUGGAUGCUCUGGGGGAGACGAAAGCGGAAAGAGACAUUCAUGCCAUGCAAGGGUCGAGGCUAGUGCUUAUUUACUUACCCAAGAGCCACUGCAAAGCGGAGGCACGCGCACAAACGAGGAAAAGAGGAACACACGGGAAAGGAUGCAUUAGAGAGGAAGCCAGAUAGAUGGAUGGACGGUGUUGGUUACCUACCUUCCAGUCUACGAGCUGGAAUACAGGCUGCGAUUUGGCCCGCUCCAUUUGCCGCUGGUUGAUGUCAUCCCACAGCAUUUUGUUCCUGAAGGACAAGUUGCCAGCCAACUCAACACCGAUUCAGGCAUGGGCCUCCCUCCAUUGCUCGCCGCCCGACUGGCUCACCUCUGCUCGUUCGGGAUUGUCCCUGCCAUCACACGAGCUGCAAACAGACAGGGGGACCGGCAUACGUGUCUGCCGUUUCUUGAUGACACUGUGUGUGUGAGAUGGAUUACCUGAGUUGUCCUUGUGUCGCUCUUUGCCCAUGUUGGUCCUCGGCCGCGGGGUCCAUCGGGUGGCAGAGGUGAACUCCUGCAUGCACAUACGCGCAAAUAUGUCGGUCUGGUUCUUCAACCAGUCUUACAUGCAUACCUCUGUGUAGUGCGGCGUGCCCUCGAAUCUCAAUCCUGUCGCGCUGGGGAUGUAUAUCGGCCGCAUCGACUCACCACUGAACGCCACACACAUACAGGGCAGGCGAUGAUGCAGCUGACACACGAAGGGGCCUACUGUAUGUCUCGCAGAGGGAGGGGCCUGUACGUCUCGUGUGUCUCCGAUAUGAGCCGCAUCAGGUGGGCGUCGUCACUCACGUGUUUUUCCUGGAUCGGCUUAUAGGACUCUGCACACACGGCGGAUUGACGCAAUCCAUGCACGGGUGCGUGUCCCCUGCUGACCUGGUGGUCUGAACGAGACAUAGGGUGUGUAGGCAGCGCGAUGAGUCGUCCGCUCCUGAAACCGCAAAUGGUAGAGUAGACACCCCAGCCAGUCUCCAAAGGCGCCAUCGUCUUUCUGCCGUGGCUUUUUCAUUGCACCAUGUCGAUGGUAUGUACUUACAUCAAGCUUGUAUUUGUCUCUGCGAUGCAUCGGAUUGGACUUGGGCGGAGCAAAAAUCUGUGCCAGCUCCUGCAGCGCCAGUCACCCUCCAUCCAUCCGAUGGUUGACCGCCUGUCUGUGUUCCCUCCCUGUCUGUCUCCCCAGUUACCUUGUUGACGGCCACGCCAUCCAGUGGCAGCUCCGUGUAGUCCAUGGCGUACCGACACAUAUUCCUCGCCCAGAAAGGCGCCACAUUCUUGCUGCCCCUCCACUUCAGUUUGUAGUCAUGGAUAUCCGUGCAGCUCUUGCCCCUGUAGCCGGCCUUAGCGACGGGAUCCAGCCCCGGGAACUGGGUGGCGGUGCUGGUGGUGAAGAACAGCAGUCUCCUCACCUCUGGCGGCAGCUGGGGGAGACGCAACCGCAGUGCAAAUGGACAGUGAAAUGAAGCAGAUGCGGUCGACUGACCUUGGAGUGGGAUGCAGGAAUGAACCCGACCGAACGCAACAGCUCUUCCUUGAGUUGUCGGUUCAGCGGCACCUGCACGCACCUGUGAAUCGGCAUCCUCUUCUCGCUCCGUUUUGCCUCGGAUUCUUACCUUGCCGCUGACGUUUGUCGUGCUUCUGCUUCUUUUCAUCUUUCC